AUGCCAUCAUCUAAUGCUUCGAUAUCUAGUGCAGGAUCUCACGCAAGAUCAACCUAUAGAAAAGUUGCUGAUACGGCUACUGUGGAUGAAAACUUGUUUGGUACGAACAAGUCAUCAGCAAGGGGCCAACCACAACAAAAACAACAACAAAAUAACUCAAUGAAAAUGGAUAAAAGGACAUUACAAACUGUCAAAAAGCAGCCAGAUGCUGUCGUUAUUUCAGCUUCCGAAUUUAUGACCCUGAAAGAAAAAGCAACUCCUCUUGAAAAACAAAGGGAAGCUGAAAGAAAAAAAAGGGAAGAAACAUUGGAAGCUAUGGAAAGAAAGGAACGUAUAAGACAGCUUGAUAGAGAAAAGAAAUCUAAGGGAGACAUGAAAAAAUCUGAUCUUGACGUAGAAAAUGAAGAAAAACAAUUACAACUCCUUGAAAAAGCUAUCACUCAAAUGGAUGAAAAUAUUGAUGAAGUCAAGAGGAUGAAUAGUAUGGCCUUGUAUUCUCAAUGUGUCACAAUUAGAGACAAGCAAUUGGAGGAAAAACAAAGAAUUAUCUAUGAGAAACAAGAGGAAGAUAGACGACUUGAUGAAUUGAUGGAACUUGAAAGGUUAAAGGCCAUUAAAAUGUAUGAACAAAGAGAAAAAAAGAGACAAGAAGACAGAAGAAAUGGAUCACUUGUAAUUAAAGAACAAAUGAAGGAAAGAGAAAAGGAAAGACUGAGAGAACUCGAGUUAAAGAGACAAGAACAAGAUGCAAUGUUGUAUCACAUGCAAAAGAUGAAAUCCGAAGAUAUUAAGGAGGCAGAGGAAAAGAAGAAGCAAGAAAAGUUACUUAUGGAAGAAAUUGCUCUUGCGAAUGCAGAACAAAUAUCUCUGAAGAGAAGAUUAAAACUUGCUGAGCUUGAAGAAGAUAGACAAAUUGCUGACUACCUUGCAGAAAAGGAAAGAAGAGAACAAGAAAUAACGGAUCAACAAGAACGAUUAAGAGCAGAAAAGGAAAGAGAAGUUGCUCGUCUAAGAGCUCUCCAAGAAAAGGCACAAGACAAGCUUUCUGAAAUGGAUACUCUGAGAGCUAAACGAGCACAAGAAGCUCUGGAAAGAGAAUUCAGAAAAAAGAAAAUGCAAGAAGAGGAAAAGAGAGUUAAAAUGAAUCAAGAACUUCAUGGCACAAGACAAAAGCAAAAGAUGGAAAAGGAAAAUAAGAUUGCUGAACUUGCAAGAGAGGACAGAGAAGAUUUUUCGAGGAUUGUGGAUCACCAAAAGAAGCUCGAAGAAUUGGAAAAGCUUAAGGCUGAAGAGGAGAAAAAGAGACGAGUUCAGACUCAACAACAGCUGAUGCAACAAAUGGAUAACACUAAAGAAGAAAAAGACAAACAAAGAAGAGAAUAUCUUGAGGAAGGCGAAUUACUCAAGAGAAAGAUGGAACUCGAGAGAAAGAAAGUCGAAUUAAUAAGAAAAAAGAAAUUGCAUGAGUUGUUAGAGAGUGGUAUUCAAGAUAAGUACACAGGGAAGUUAAUGACAACUGAUUUUACUGUAGAAAAAUUGAGAUCUGCAGCUCAAGAUAUUCCUCUUUCAAAAGCUGCUGGUGCUCCUGCUAAGAAAUAA